AUGAGUACAACAUCAGAUCAAACGACUAAUGAUCAUUCGAAUGAUACUGUUUUACACGAAGAUGAUUUGACUGAACAAGCCAAAAAUCAAUUUGUUUAUCACAGUGAUAUCCUUCGUACCUUCGAAUCAUAUCGUCAAAGUGUACUUUGUAAUGAAUAUAUAACACCUAUUGUUGAACACAACGAAAUUUUCAAUCAAAAUUUGCCUACUAUUGGUCCGUUGGUAGUUUGUGGCCUUGCACGUACAGGUACAACAUUACUCUUUAAUUUGCUUGCCUGUGAUCCGAAUUGUCGUGUACCAUUGUUCACUGAUAUGAGUGUUGAAAUUGUUUCACCGAUUCCACGAUCCGAUUCGAUUGGACAAAAACGACGGCUUGAUCUUUUAAAAUCUCCUCAACAAGACAAUGAACAAUUGUCCGAUGUGCUCAUUCGAAUAGCUGCAUCUCAUGCACAUUUUGAUAUUGAAGAAGAUUCUUUUAUUCUACGUCAAGCUGGCUAUUUUUGCAUGAGUAUUCUUCUAUCUGAUGAUGAAGAUGAUACUUCUGAGAGUUGGAUUCGUAAGGAGAUGAACAAAGAUUAUGUAUAUGAUUAUCAUGAAACAUUUCUACGUAUGUUAAAUACUGUUGAUAUGCCAAAAUCGCAUUGGCUAUUAAAAUCACCAUUCCAUAUUUUUUCUUUUGAUAAAUUGCUUGAACAUUAUCCGAAUGCAUUAUUAAUCAUUCCACAUCGAGGUAUUGAUGAAGUUCUUCCGUCAAUGUGUAGUUUGUUAUUGACAGCUGCUGAUUUGUAUUUUGAUAAAACAAACUCGAUCAGUCGCGAUAGAAUAAUAAAACGAUGUUGUCAAUUUGUCGAUACAGAAAUUGAAUGUAUGAUGAAAUUUCGAAAAUCAGAAAACGAUCCAAUUGGUGUUGUCCAUCAAAUAUAUGAUUAUUUUAACCUUCAUUGGUCGAAUGAAAUGGAAAUGGCUAUGCGUGAUUGGUUUCUCAAAAAUCCUCAAGGAAAACAAGGUCGUCACGCAUACUCACUUGCUGAGUUUGGCGUCAAUCGGGAAGAUAUCGAAACACGUUAUGCUGACUAUAUCAAUUUGUUUCUGUCUUCGAAUAAUCAAUCAUUAUCGACAACUUCUAUUUCUUCAUAA